UUCUGACCUCAAAUGGAAGAGAAGCAGUACGUUGCAGAAGAACUCACAGAGAAUUUAGUAUCCUGCUUUAGUGAUAGAUGGUUCCGAGCUUAUUGCAAGGAUGAAAACUAAGAACAUCUUUAAAAACAAGGUGUUGAACAGAAGCUAAAAAUGAAGUUGGCCAUCUGUUUGUUCAGAGAUUCUUCCAAAAGACUCUGUACUCUGAUAUGCAAAUGCUGCUACCAACUUUGAAAACUGGACUUUCCCUCUGUUACAAAGACUGUAAAAUUCUCUGAUACUGAUCCUUUUCAAGGCAUUGCACUGGCUGAAUCCCAGCCAUGGAAGUGGCCCUGGUUGACUUUGAGAGCCUGGAGGACAUUGAUGGCAGCCUUGAGGAUGAAGUUGACACCUAUGCUGAUGAGACAACAGCUCUCACAGUGGAUGUUCCUCCAGAGCACAAUAACAGCCCAGACAUCAACAACGUCCUACAAGCCCGUCAACUGUCUGCCACCCCUUCCCACUGCAGCCCCAUACCCUCCUACAUUUGGGAAUCCACAUCAUCUUCACCCAUUCCACCAACACAAAUACUGGGAUUACCUCAAUCACCGACGAUGCCAUCACCAAGUAGAAAGGGUCGCAGCAGCUGUGCCAGCAUGAUAUCCAACUGGAAACUGCUCUUAAGUAGUGAAGGGGUAAAAGAAAGCGAAACAAUCUUCAGUCGGCUAACGAAGGAGUGCUGUGAGGAUCUUUUUGCAGAUAAAAGAGGCCUUGAUGAUGGAGACCAGAAGGUCAUCAUCAACAUCGCUGGUCUUCGUUUCGAGACACAACUCAAAACACUGGACCAGUUCCCUGAAACACUUCUUGGAGACCCUUUUAAGAGGAUGGAGUACUUUGAUCCAAUGAGAAAUGAAUAUUUCUUUGAUCGUAACCGACCAAGUUUUGAUGGAAUCUUGUAUUACUAUCAGUCUGGUGGUAAAAUUAGAAGACCAGCUAAUGUUCCCCUUGAUGUGUUUGCUGAUGAAAUUUUAUUUUAUGAGCUUGGACAUGAAGCUAUGGAACAGUUCAGAGAAGAUGAAGGAUUUAUAAAAGACGUUGACAUACCUCUCCCUAAAAAUGAAAUGUAUAGGCAGUUUUGGUUGCUUUUUGAAUAUCCAGAGAGCUCUAACGCUGCACGCGGUGUAGCACUUGUUUCUGUCCUGGUCAUUGUCAUAUCCAUCAUCAUUUUCUGCAUGGAGACACUGCCGGAAUUUAGAGAUGACGCUGAUGUAGUUGCCACAGCAGUCCAUCAUUUUAACCAAACUAGAGGUUCUCCCUUUGGUUCAUUAUCUGGUGAAAGGCUGAAAACAUUCUCAGAUCCUUUCUUCUUUGUUGAGACUGCCUGCAUAGGUUGGUUUGCCUUCGAGUUGUGCUUUCGUUUUCUGGUCUGCCCAAGUAAAAGUGAGUUCUUCCACAACCUUAUGAACAUGAUUGAUAUUAUAUCCAUUAUUCCCUACUUUGUGACUUUGAUCACAGAACUGGCCACAACCCAUCAAGAGAGUUCAGGACAGAACAUGUCUUUGGCGAUUUUACGUAUUAUCCGUUUGGUCAGAGUGUUCCGUAUUUUUAAACUAUCACGUCAUUCUAAAGGACUGCAGAUCUUGGGUCAGACUCUCAAGGCCAGUAUGCGUGAGCUUGGAUUGCUCAUCUUCUUUCUUUUUAUUGGAGUGAUCCUCUUCUCCAGUGCCAUCUACUUUGCAGAGGUAGAUGACCCUGAUACACAGUUUGUCAGCAUUCCCGAUGGUUUUUGGUGGGCUGUUGUUACAAUGACAACUGUAGGAUAUGGAGACAUGUAUCCUAUUACCCUUGGGGGUAAGGUUGUGGGCACUUUGUGUGCAAUAGCAGGUGUCUUGACAAUUGCUUUGCCUGUUCCUGUCAUUGUUUCAAACUUCAACUACUUCUACCACAGAGAGACUGAAGCAGAGGAUAAGGUUCCCAUGACUGAGGCCAUCGAGCAAGCCAUAAAGGCUGAAGAAAGUAACAAACGUCGCAGCAAUAGUUCACUAAACAAAGCCAAUGGUAUCUGACAGAAUAAAGGGAAAACAUGUUGACUGACAGAAAAACUUUCCUCAGAGCAUCCAAUAUAUUCAGUACAGAAGAUCAUAUGAAUGAAAUAUUACUGAGAAGAAAAUCCAAAGAAAGUACAAAAAAAUUAUUGAUGGUUUAUUGUUGAAAAUAAUGUUUUCUAAUAACAAACAGGGUGUACCACAAAUACCUCUUUUGUUGGGCUUUUUUUUUUAUCUGAAAAGGGCAGACUUUGUUGGUUUUCCUGUAAAUUUACCAUGUUUAAUUUCAGGUGUAUUUUGUCAUUCUUUACUAAUUUAUGCAAUAUGUAGUUAUUUUAGAUGUUGAAAUCUGUCAUUUUGGCAACCUGUCAACAUUGAACUUGUCAUACCUGUUUAGCAUUGUUUAUUUCUUAUUUUUUUUACCAUAAAUCAUAGUAACUUGGCUUAAAGAAGUUUUACUAUCUUGCAUUUACAAAAGUUAUAUGACAUGAUUUCCAUAUUUAACAUAUUUAAUGUUGUAUCUUGUUAAAAUAUAGAAUAGCAAUCAUUAGAAACUACACUUCUAUAAUGCCUUGCAAAAGUAUACAUAUUUCGUCAGAGUUUAUAUGGUAAACUAAAAACAAAAUACUGUAUACAUCUACUUGGGACAUGAAAAGAGAAUGAUACUGUUAAAAAAAAUACAGUGCGUCCAACUGCCUUUAGAAAUCACCAAAUUUGUUAUUUUGUGUCAUGGACUGCAUGAUGAAGACCAAAGAAAAAAAGGAUCACAGUUGUGUCAAAGUCAAGAGCAUGUUUUAGUUGUAAAUAAAAUAUUCCAGCUUUUCAUAUCUCAUGGAGCACUUUCUAUUCUAAAUGUAAUGUAGAAUAUAAUGGGGAAAAAAACAGUAUGGCAAAACCUAAAACCUACAAAGACAUUAACCUGGCAAGCCAGAUGGAUAAUGUGUAGCAUUCAGGUUUAGUUCCAAACAUUAUGAAUCUGGGAUUAUUCCUAUCUAAUAUCUUUGCAUAAAGGAGGGACAUUCACCUGCUAUCAAAGUUUGGUUUUAGCCAGUCACAGUAACUAAUCAAAUAGCAACAGACACCAUGACAAAGCACAACAAUAAAGCUCUUGCUGGCCAACUUUAGUGGCAAACUCAUUUUGGUCGGUCUUGAAUAGUUGGAGCUGAAAUAGUAAAGAUGGGUUCUGGUGUGGUUGGGAAUCCCCUAAUCCCACAAGAAUACAACUUGCACACAAGGUUACCACAACAUGUUUCAGUCUAAACUGACAGGCCAAGCAAGAUAAGUAUAAAUCAAAGCAGCACCCUGAAGUGAAUAACUUCAUGAACUUUGAUGGUGGCCUUGUGCUUUGAGGAUAUAAUUCUUAAGCAGUGGCAGAAAAGUUGAUGAGAGAUUAUGCAAAAAUGGAUUGAGCAGUAUACCGGGCAAUCCUGAAUUAAAAGCUGUUGGAGUUACAGAAUACUUGUUACUUGUAGGGAUAAUGAUCUUCCAGGAGCUUAGUGACCCUAAACAUACAACCACAUCUACUAUGUAAUGGAAUACUUACACUCAAAGCAUAUCUAUACAGUAGAAUAAUAUGGAGCCUAUCCUAGCCUAAAUUAUUAAGGAAUUUGUUUCAGAUCAUGUUUAAAAAUAGUAGUUCUGUAGCCCACCUUGUAAUUUUUCUAGGGAUGAGUUCGAAUAUUUUACGGGAGACUCAAUUCUUAAUGUUAAAGUUUUUAAAACAAAAAAAAAAACUAUUUUAAAUCUAAAAAAUUCAGACAGCAUAAAGAACCGAUACAAGUUUCCUUCAAUUGUACUUAAAAAUAGUGUUUUGAUGUUAGUCCUGCUGUAUCUAACCAUAUAUUUAUUUUUCUUUAGAUUAAAAAAAAAAAAAUCUUUCUACCAAUAGUUUAAUUAUUCCAUGUUAUGGAUUUCAAAGGGGUGCCUUAAAUUGUAACAUUUCCACAAUCACCUAAUUUGCCAUAUGUAUGAUAAUACCUGGAUGUCUCUGAAAGACUAAUCUUUUUUUGUUCACUUCAGGUCACUUGUCAAAACGCAAUUUAUAUUUUGUGUGCAUUUAUUUGUGUGAAUUAAUUAAAAACUAUAACUUUAUAACAAAAAUCUUUCUUUCCUAAUUUACUUUAAGGGAUUAAAUGUUUAACUGAUUUCAUUCUCUAUCAAGAAACAAAAAAAUGCCUAUGAUGAUCAGUUUAGUUUAAUGAGAAAUUUUUGACUAAAAAUGUUCUAUGGAACUUCGAAACCCAGAAAAGGACAACAGAAGCCAAAGUUAGAUUUUUAACAGAGAAAAUAAAAAGACUGUUGGUGUUGUGAGAGAAAUCACAUCAAAAUAAUACAAAAAUUAUUUACUAUGUAACUAUUGAUAGAUACAUUACUUCAGUUUGAAACACUGCUGUUCAUAACUG